AUGCUAGUGGCAUCACUGCCGCUGCGUUUCCUGUUGGCAGCAGAGAGCAGUGAAAAUAAGCUUUAGUAAGCAGCCGCUUGGGCAGUAAGACCUCCUGGGCGAUUCGCGCGGCUUUCCCAGGCCGGCGUCCCGAGCCUCUAAAAGGGAAAAGCGGGAGAGGCCAGCGCGUCGGAGCAUCGCGUUCGGGAGCUCACCUUCGGCCCAGCGUGGAGAGAACGCGCGGCGCGCCCACGCCCGGCCUCGGCACCCUCUUGGGCUCGGCUGAUCCCCGGCGGCGGAUCGCAAUGCACGCGCAUGCUCCCCGCCGGGUGGUCAGGGGGCCUCGGGGCGCUUGGCUGCUGGGUGGCCUCUGGGUUUGGGCUGUGUGCGGCCUGUGCGGCCUGGGGACAGCGGGCCCACCGGGGACCCAGCAGCCCUGCCAGGCGCCCCAGCAGUGGGAGGGACGCCAGGUUCUGUACCAGCAGAGGAGCGGGCACAACAGCCGCGCCCUGCUGUCCUACGAUGGGCUCAACCAGCGCGUGCGGGUGCUGGACGAGAGGAAGGCGCUGAUCCCCUGCAAGAGAUUAUUUGAAUACAUUUUGCUCUAUAAGGAUGGAGUGAUGUUUCAGAUUGAACAAGCCACCAAACAGUGUGCAAAGAUCUCCUUGACAGAACCCUGGGACCCUCUCGACAUUCCCCAGAAUUCUACCUUUGAAGAUCAGUACUCCAUUGGGGGGCCUCAGGAGCAGAUCACUGUCCAGGAGUGGUCCGACAGGAAGACAGCCAGAUCCUGUAAGGAUGGAAAGGAUUCAUGCAUUGCAUCUCAGGGUGUAUGCUGGGGAACAUUGUCUUUAAGCCCCUUAAGGAAGAGAGUUGUUAGGGAAACUUACAUGCUUAGAUGAGUCUUAAAGCCCAUGUAAGUCCCCUUGUGUAUUUUGCAGCUACGUGUAACUGCUUCCUUAGUGGGUCUGGAAACACCUCCAUCUCCUAGUGUCACUUGCAUGUCUCUGUUACUUUGGAUCUUAUGGACUCACCCUUUACUGUAGACUGUUUAUGAUCUCCAUGAGGACUGUGACCUGAAAGGAAUUCUUUCCAAAAAUCCUCAUGAAUUAGGUGCCAACAUUUCCUUCUACCAUUACUUUCUAACAUGGCAGUGUCCAGAU